GCUUCGGGAUAUUUUGUACUGAAAAAUAUGUCUUGACUCAAUAAAGGCUGGGAAAGAUGACGUUAGGAUCCACAGAAAGAAAACGCGAUACGGUAAAUUCGCCAAUGAGCGGGGGUUCACUGCACUUUCAAAAAAAUGUGACCAAUGUAGUUACAACGGUUGUCCAGCAGCCGGCAGUAAAGCGCCUGUCAGAUCCCCGGGCAGGAGAAAGCGCAGCUGACCGUACAGCAGUGCGCGAUGGUCGGCGUAGCGUCUGUGCUAGUAGCCGAUAGUGUCCCAGGUGGUUCCUCGCAUGUGUAUGUAAUGGUGAGCAACGGUAGAGGUAAAGACAACGAAGACGGCCGCUGUCCCGCCUCAGACGGCAGGUGGUCCUUGGCUCUCAGACAGCUGUUCCGAUGAUUCUUUUGCACUCCUAUGUCAGAACUUUUGCUGGGAGCACCUGAGGCAAAUUUAUGGUGCUAGCUUGUCCCGAUGUCAUGGCAGCUCGCCCCAUCUCGUCCCCGGCGUCUCGCCCCGGCGGCCGAGACGGGAUCUUCCGCAAGGAGCGGGACCCCACUUCCCCUUCCCCCUCGUCCUCCCGCCACCGGCCUGCCCGCUCGCUACCUGAUGUGUGCCCCAAAGAGCCCACUGGUGAGGGACGGGGCCUGCGCGAGGGCCCCUCUGUCGUUUCGGAGCACGACCGCUGGACGGUGUACAGUUCCAAGGUCAACCUGCCGGCGGCACUCAACGACCCGAGGCUAGCCAAACGUGAGUCGGACUUUUUCACCAAGACCUGGGGUCUGGACUUCAGCGAGUCGGAGGUGAUGCCGUCCUUCUGCCUCGCCAACGUUACGCAGGAGCACUUCAGCGCAUACCUGCAGGAGAGUGCGCAGAGGGAAAGAAUUCACGAGCGAUGUAAAACUCUUUGUCCCGUCAAAGAUGACAUUGUGGACGCCAUCUCCAGCAUCAGCACCCUGCAAGAAAAGUCCAGAGCAGAAUUGGACCAAGUCCCCAAGAUGUUCCUGAAGCCCGACUUCGCCCUAGAAGAUCCAUCGACCUUCAAUGCCGUCCUGCCGUGGUCGCACUUCAUCAGCGGUGGUGGGCGCAGCAGCUGUGACGCGGCGUCUUCCAAACUGCUGCAAGAGAAGCUAAGUCACUACCUAGACGUGGUGGAGGUCAGCAUCGCCCGGCAGAUUUCUCUGCGCUCGGAGGCCUUCUUCAACGCAAUGUCGUCGCAGCAUGAGCUGCAGGACCGCCUGAAGGAGACGCAAGAAGCCGUGGCCGUGCUGCGGCGGCGCACUGCCGCCAUCGACCGAGUCAUGUGCCAGGGCCCCCUGGCGGCCCUGCGCGCCGCCCUCACGCGCAACAACUGCGUCAAGCUGCACAACAAGCUGAAGCUGAUGGCAGCCGUGCACCAGACGCAGCCUACCGUGCAGCUGCUGCUCUCAACCUCUGAGUUUGUGGGAGCCCUAGAGCUUAUCUCCACCACCAAGGAGGUCCUGCAGCAGGAGCUGCAAGGCAUCCAUAGCUUCAGACAUCUUGGCUCUCAGCUGUGCGAGCUUGAGAAGCUGAUUGACAAGAUGAUGGUGGAGGAUUUCAGCAUGUAUGCACGCAGCGAGCUCAACCACAGCCUGAGGGAUGACACUCACCUCCUGGAGAAGGAGCGUCUACAGUCGCUGGUGUUCGGCCUGCUGCGCCAGAGGAAGUUGGAAUUUUUGGACAUUUACGGUGACGAGAUGAUGGCGGCGGCCAAGGCCAUCGUGUCGCAGUGUGUCGCAGAGCGGCUCCUGUCCAUCGAGGACAUCGACACGGAAGUCGUCACCAAGUUGGCCGAGCAGAUGCGUCUGAUGACCUUCCCUCAGUGGUUUGAGCUCCUCAAGGACAUCUUUGACUGCUUCCUGCUUUUCCUCCAGAGGAUGAAGGCCACUUUAAGUGUCAUCCAGCUGGUGGUUCUGGAGGUUCUGGAGACCAGCCAAAAUGCUUCCUUGGUGAAUAGGUCCCACCCGGAGGACCGUCAGCCUGACGAGACGCCCGGCUCGUGCGGCGACGUCGCCGUGUUGGCCUACCUCACGCACGACGGCCCGUUCAUCAGCGACGCCCUCUGCGGCGCCCACGCCCACCCAGAUGGCGACGGACACCAAGCCACAGCCGGGACGCCGGACACUGAGUUGGCGUGCAGGGAGCAGAACUUCAUGUCUGGCGACAUGAUGCCGUCUGACUUGGAGCUGAACCGUGUGCUGAACAACAUCCAGGAGCUUCUGCAUGCUGCUUCUGACAUUAGCCAUGACCGCUGCGUCAAGGUGCUCACUGCCAGAGCCAAGGACGGCUCUCUGGACCGCAUCAGCUCGGCUGAGUUCGUGGGCCUGUCGGUGGCGGUCGAGGCCUUCGCCAGGGACACGGAGGAGCUGUGCGGCAGGCGCAGCGUCUCUCUGCGCGGGGCGCUGCAGAGUCAGGCUGACCGCUUUGUCCACCGCUUCCACGAGGAGCGCAAGACCAAACUCAGUCUCCUGCUGGAUAACGAGCGCUGGAAGCAGGCAGAAGUUCCCGCCGAGUUUCAGGAGCUGGUGGACUCCAUGGCGGACGGCACCAUCCCGCUCGCGCUACGCAAGGCAGCAGGUCCAGACGACAGGAAGCCGGGCGAGUUCUUGCUGGUGCAGGGGCACAAAUACGCCGUGGUGGGGACGGUGCUGCUACUCAUCCGGAUCUUUCUGGAAUACUGCCAGUGCGUCAACGACAUCCCGGCCAUAGCCACGGACGUGCUGACGCGGCUGGCCGACCUCCUCAAGCACUUCAACUCUCGCAGCUGUCAGCUGGUGCUCGGUGCGGGAGCCCUGCAGGUGGUGGGCCUCAAGACCAUCACCACCAAAAACCUCGCGUUGGCGUCGCGUUGCCUGCAGCUGGUGAUGUUCUACGUUCCCGUCAUCCGCCGACAUUUUGAGAGCAAACUGCAGCCCAAACAAUUUAGCGUCCUCCGACAUUUUGACCACAUCACCAAGGACUACAAUGACCACGUGUCUGAGAUCUGGGCCAAGCUGGUGGCCAUCAUGGACAGCGUGUUUGAGAAGGUUCUGACGAAGUACGAGGUGAAGGCCCCGAUGCCGUCGUCCUGUUUCCGUAACGUGUGCAAGCAAAUGGUCAAGAUGCACGAGGCCAUCAACGACCUCCUGCCCGCCGAGCAGACGCAGAUGCUCUUUGUCAGGAUCAACAGCUGCUUGAAGGCAAACCUGAAGCGCCAGCUGGCUCGACUCGGCGUGGUCAACGAUGGCGGGCCGCAACACGGGCUGGUGGUGGUGGACGUGGCCUUCUACACAGAGAACGUGCAGGCCCUGAAGAACCUGGAGGCCCUGGACCUCAACAUGGCCGAGAUCUGGGACCACAAGAGGUGACCAAGCGCCGACGACGAUCGCCCCCGACGUGGUUUUGAGCCUUUAUCCGAUGUCCAUCUCAAGUUCCAUCGACUAGUGCAUUGCAAGAACUCCAAAUCUUACUGAGAAUGUCCCCCCCCCCCCCCUCUACUCUUAAAUCUCAAAUAACUCAUCACUUACUGUAAAGCCGACUUGUUUUGAGACAGUUUUCAACCUCAUUUUUACUUGAAAUAAGUACAGACCUAAUUCCUCGUGUAGUACGUUGUACUUUUCAUUUAAAACGACAACAAAAGUCUCAAAACCGGUCAAGUUUCACGUGGGUCAUGAGUCCUAUUUGAAAUGUCUUCAGAUUAAUUGUGACGCAAAGAAGAAAGAUCCUUGAUAAGAUUUAGUUUUUGCUGUGUACACUUUGUUCUCACGACUUGGACAAGUUUGGCAUACUAGCAGGACAACGCCGUGUCACUAGUGAGGCUAAACUGCUCUAGUACUACUCAUGAGGUGCUCAAUGUUAACUAGUAGAAUUUUAUAUAACGGCUCUUGUAGUGCCACGAGCACAAAGCUGUCAGCUAGUCGGGACUUUUUGACCUGCUGCUGCCGUGUGGGACCACCGGACCCAAACAAAAAUGGUUGAGGUUCCCCUUGAAGACUUUUGGAUUUUUCCAAACCUUUUCCUACUGGUUACUCUGUUGUCAUGACAACAUGGGAAGCUGACUUUUUUUUUUUUUUUUCCCCUUCUUUUCCAAUGUAAGCAAGAAACUGGACCAAACUGUGACUUUCAACUUUUGUGUGCAACACUAAAUCAAUGUGUCUCAGGAAAACUGUGACAUUAUUUUCCACUGUUUUGGGAUACAUUUUCUUCAAAUCUCCCCCCCAAAAAAAUCAUCCGUCAUCACUGUGCCUCUACAAGACUGUGUAUGCGUGCAUAAGUCAGUUUCAUAUAAUUUGAGCAAUAACAUGAACGAAACUAGUAAUAAUUAAAAAAAAUAUGGGGUUUAUA